AUGCCAAUUAGCGAAUGUCAUGAACGUUAUCUUGGACUCCCUGCAUUUUCAGAGCGGGAUAAAAAAGAAAUGUUUAGUGAUAUCAAGGAGCGUAUUUGGCAAAAAUUACAUGCGUGGAAUGAAAAACUGUUCUCAGUUGGUGGUAAGGAGGUGCUUCUGAAAGCUGUCGUCCAGUCCAUCCCAACUUAUGCAAUGAGUUAUUUUCGUUUACCAACAACUUUUUGUAAUCAAUUGGAAUCAAUGAUGGCAAAUUUCUGGUGGGGUUCAAACAAAGAUGGUUCUAAGAUUCAUUGGAGAAGUUGGAAAUUGCUUUGUAAGUCGAAAUUUGAAAGAGGGCAUGGGUUUCCGUUACACUUUAAUCAAGCUCUCCUUGCAAAACAAGCUUGGAGAAUUUUUGAAAUGCCAGAUUCUCUUCUCAGCCGACUACUAAAGCAUAGAUAUUUCUCCAACAACACCUUCUUGGAGGCACGUCUUGGACACUCUCCUUCACUUACUUGGCAGGGCAUUCAUUGGGGACGUGAACUUUUAGUUGAGGGCCUACGUUUUAAGAUUGGAAAUAUGGAUUCAAAGUGCUGGCUGGUGUGGAUAAAUGGAUUCCCAGUCACUUUAAUUUCAAACCAGUAA